CGCGCGGUAAUGGGAGGCUCCUAAGCAGGAGAAGCAAAAGAAGGAAUUGUUUGCGAGUUCAGUCAUCCAAAAAAGCUUCUUCCAUAUGGAGGGAUCGGGUGCGCCGGGCGCGGCGUCCCCUGCCUUGUCCUCCUGCUGCUGCCGCCGCGUCCCCCGCUUCCUGCCCCGGGGUCCCUGAGCCCCGGCUCCGCUGGUGUCAGAAGCCGCGCGCGCACUGUGCACACACGCACACCCACGCGCGCGCGCUCUCACACGCAUAUACCCACAAGGAUACACACUCAGACCUCACCCCCGCCCGCCCUCCGAGCCCGCAGCUUCUCCGCCCGGGGCCCCUUUGUUGCUCCCGCGGCGGCCGCCUUCGGCGUGGUGUGUCCUUGCGUGUCCCCGCGCGGGUGGUGUGUCCGUGCGGCGCGGUGCUGUGCGGUGCUCUCCUCAUCCACCACGCUGCUCUCCGGGCCCCAGCUCGCCUUGCCCAGGCGCCGGCUGCAACCAGAGUCCUGAAAUAGGCAUCCUGGAAUCCAUGACCCAUGACGUCUUCUCUACAUUCUCACCAUCUGAGAGGAGCAGAGAAGAAGUAGAAGACAUAGUGUUGCAGCACACCGUGGUAUCUCUCUGAAUGACCUUGGUGGCUUAUGGGACGCGAGCUUGGAUCCCUCUGUGACCCAACAUGCAGCGAGGGACGAUGACAGCACACAGCAGACGGAGGCCGGCGGUGUCACUGUCCUGGCUCCUCUUGGCUACAGCAGGCUGCCUUGCAGAUUUGGAUGAGGUCCCUCGGGUCACUGUCCAGCCUGCAUCCACUGUCCAGAAGCUUGGUGGAACUGUGAUUCUAGGCUGUGUCGUGGAGCCGGCUUGGGUGAAUGUAACAUGGCGCUUGAACGGGAAGGAGCUGAAUGGCUCGGAUGAUAAUCUGGGUGUUCUACUCAGCCGGGGAACCCUUGUCAUCACUGCCCUCAACAAUCACACUGUGGGACGGUACCAGUGUGUGGCCCGGAUGCCUGCAGGGGCUGUAGCCAGUGUGCCAGCCACAGUAACACUAGCCAAUCUCCAGGACUUCAAGUUAGAUGUGCAGCAUGUCAUUGAAGUGGAUGAGGGAAAUACAGCCGUCAUUGCCUGCCACCUGCCUGAGAGCCACCCCAAAGCCCAGGUCCGUUACAGCGUCAAACAAGAGUGGCUGGAAGCCUCCAGAGACAACUACCUGAUCAUGCCAUCAGGGAACCUCCAGAUUGUCAAUGCCAGCCAGGAGGACGAAGGCAUGUACAAAUGUGCUGCCUACAACCCGGUGACCCAGGAAGUGAAGACCUCCGGCUCUAGUGACAGACUGCGCGUGCGCCGCUCCACUGCAGAAGCUGCCCGCAUCAUUUACCCUCUGGAGGCGCAGACUGUCAUUGUCACCAAAGGCCAGAGUCUCAUCCUGGAGUGUGUGGCCAGUGGGAUCCCACCCCCUCGAGUUACCUGGGCCAAGGACGGGUCCAACAUUGCUGGCUACAACAAGACUCGCUUCCUGUUGAGCAACUUGCUCAUCGACCCCACCAGUGAGGAGGACUCGGGCACCUACCACUGCAUGGCCAACAACGGGGUUGGAGAGGCUGGUGCGGCCGUCAUCCUCUACAAUGUCCAGGUGUUUGAGCCCCCCGAAGUCACUGUGGAGCUGUCCCAGCUGGUUAUCCCGUGGGGGCAGAGUGCCAAGCUCACCUGUGAGGUGCGUGGGAACCCUCCUCCCUCCGUGCUAUGGCUGAGGAACGCUGUGCCACUCACGGCCAGCCAGCGCCUCCGGCUGUCCCGCAGAGCCCUGCGCGUGGUGAGCGUGGGGCCCGAGGAUGAAGGCGUCUAUCAGUGCAUGGCUGAGAAUGAGGUCGGGAGCGCGCACGCUGUGGUCCAGCUGAGGACAGCCCGGCCAGGCACGACACUGAGACCCUGGAGGGAGGCUAAGCCAGCCAGUUCCACCCCUCCUGCCUUACCCUCCAGAUCCAGAGGCCCUGACCAGAUGCUGAGGGAGCGACCCGGGCUCUCCAAGCCGCUGACCUCAGUACAGCCUGCUUCUCUGCAGUGUCUGGGGGAGAAGGGGCACGUGACCCCAGCUGAGGCUCCCAUCAUCCUCAGCUCUCCUCGGACCUCCAAGACUGACUCUUAUGAGCUGGUGUGGCGGCCUCGGCACGAGGGCGGCAGCCGGGCACCCAUCCUCUACUACGUGGUGAAACACCGAAAGCAGGUCACAAACGCUUCUGAUGAUUGGACCAUCUCCGGCAUCCCAGCCAAUCAGCACCGCCUGACCCUCACCAGGCUUGACCCUGGGAGUUUGUAUGAAGUGGAGAUGGCAGCUUACAAUUGUGCUGGCGAAGGCCAGACCGCCAUGGUCACCUUUCGAACUGGACGGCGACCCAAACCUGAGAUCAUAGCCAGCAAGGAACAGCAAGUUCAGAGAGAUGACCCUGGAGCUGGUCCCCAGAGCAGCAGCCAGCCGGACCAUGGCCGCCUCUCUCCCCCAGAAGCUCCAGACAGGCCUACCAUCUCCAUGGCCUCAGAAACGUCGGUGUAUGUCACCUGGAUCCCCCGUGGGAACGGCGGCUUCCCAAUCCAGUCCUUCCGAGUGGAAUACAAGAAGCUGAAGAAAGUAGGCGACUGGAUUCUGGCCACCAGUGCCAUUCCUCCAUCGCGGCUCUCUGUAGAGAUCGCAGGUCUUGAGAAAGGCACCUCUUAUAAAUUCCGAGUGCGAGCUCUGAAUAUGCUGGGGGAGAGCGAGCCCAGUGCCCCAUCGAGGCCCUACGUGGUGUCUGGCUACAGCGGCCGUGUGUACGAGAGGCCAGUGGCGGGCCCUUAUAUCACCUUCACCGACGCGGUCAAUGAGACCACCAUCAUGCUCAAGUGGAUGUACAUCCCAGCAAGUAACAACAACACCCCCAUCCACGGCUUUUACAUCUACUACCGACCCACAGAUAGUGACAAUGACAGCGACUACAAGAAGGACAUGGUGGAAGGGGACAGGUACUGGCACUCCAUCAGCCACCUGCAACCCGAGACCUCCUAUGAUAUCAAGAUGCAGUGUUUCAAUGAAGGAGGGGAGAGCGAGUUCAGCAACGUGAUGAUCUGCGAGACCAAAGCUCGCAAGUCUUCUGGUCAACCUGGCCGACUCCCACCGCCCACUCUGGCCCCACCACAACCUCCACCCCCAGAAACCAUAGAGCGGCCAAUGGGCACGGGGGCCAUGGUAGCACGUGCUAGUGACUUGCCCUAUCUGAUUGUUGGGGUUGUCCUGGGCUCAAUCGUCCUCAUCAUCGUCACCUUCAUCCCUUUCUGCCUGUGGAGAGCAUGGUCCAAGCAAAAACAUACAACCGAUCUGGGUUUUCCUCGAAGUGCGCUUCUGUCCCCUUCCUGCCAGUACACUAUGGUGCCUUUGGGAGGACUCCCGGGCCACCGAGCCAAUGGCCAAUCUUACUUCGGUGGCAUCAGUGGCCGGACCUGUGCUAGUGGGAUACAUGUGAGCAGGGGCUGCCCGGGGGCUGCAGUUGGCUGCACAGGCAUGAAACCACAACAGCACUGCCCCGGGGAGCUGCCUCAGCAGCAGGACGCCGCCGACGGCUUACUGAGGCAAACCAUCCUUGGCAAUGGGUAUGAAUCCCAGAGCCACCAGGCUACCAGGGGUCCCAGUUCUAGCCCCGAUGAGGGCUCUUUCUUGUAUACACUGCCUGAUGACUCCACACACCAGCUGCUCCAGCCUCAAGACUGCUGCCACCUCUCAGAGCCAGCGACCACCACCGUUCACCAGGCAGGCGUGAGGAAAGAGUCAGAGCGCCUUGGGCUGGAAGCUGUGUGGGACCCUCCAUUUCACUCAGGGCCCCCAUGCUGCCUGGGCCUUGUUCCAGUUGAAGAGGUGGACAUUCCUGACCCCUGCCAAGUGGGUGGAGGAGACUGGUGUCCCCGGCGGCCCUCGGGGCCUACAUAAAAGAGGAACCUGUCCCCAGAUCCCUGGUGCACGUGAACCACCUCCUCCCACAACUAGGCAGAAGCCAAUAUCCCAGAAAGACUAUAUAUUGUUUGUUUUUUUAAAGAGACAGAGAAAAAUCAGUAUUUAUUUUUCUAUUAUAGCCAUAUUUAUAUAUUUAUGCACUUGUAAAUAAAUGUAUAUGUGUUUUUAUAAUUCUGGAGAGACCUAAGGAAUCCUCCCUUUUGUGGUACAAGAGGGACAAGGCCCCAAUGAUUUCAGGAAUCAACCCAGGAUGAGUAUCACAGAAGCUGCAGCCGCUGGGGGCUCAGGACACCCGCCAGCAUGCUGAUGGAAGGAAGGACCGUGACACACUUGAAGACCACUAGGGAAAAACAAGGCUCACGGACUGGAUCCCCCAUGAUGUCAUCUAGAUCUGACGGCACAGGACACUGUUCCUAAGAUGCCAUGAGAACAGACUGACACGUGUACAGCAAUAUAAGCAUUAACAAACCUUCCAGAAUCAAUAAUCUCUGGCAACAUAGCUCUGUAAAAACAAACACUGUAACUUCUAAAUAAAUGUUUAGUCUUCCCUGUAACCUUCAACUUAGUCAUGUAUGAGUCAGCAGUUUCUUUACAAGUCAGAAACCAAUCUUCCAGUCAUUGGAGAAAAUAUCCACUUGUGACAUUUUCAGAUCCAUCAGGGCAUAAAAUGUAGAGACACUAGCAGAUGUUUUCUUUCUUUCUUUCUUUCUUUUUAAACAUUGAACGUCAGUUGUGUUUAGAUUCAUGUAGAAUGUGUUGAUAACUGUUUACUCCACAAGGGAAAUAUUGUAUACUAGGCACCAGCUCUUUCUCUUGUCAACUGGUCUUAGGUGAAGCUUUGGUCACACUGCAGAAGGAAGCCAAUCCUUAACUAGGUGUGUGACC